AUGAAUUAUGCCAUUCGUUCUGGAAUUGCGAUAACUGCCAGUUAUGCCAUGCGCCAGUCAUCGCGCUUGCUCAGAAAUGUCAAGAGCGAGGACCGAGAUGAGCUUAUCUCCUUACAACAACGUCUGGAAAGCAAGAUACAAGUUAUUGCCCCAGCUAUUGACAUGAUCGAGUUGAUUGCUGCUCGAGGAAAUACGUCAUUGGAAUCUGCUGUCGCCCUUACAAAGUCUCUGAGAUGGGACAUUCAAGCCCUGGGACAGCGGCUGGGAAGAGCCGCGGCCUCUGAGGAAUUAAGACGCAAAGGAGCAAGAUCGUCCAAAGAUCAGACGAACAGCGAGAAAGAAAUUAAGCUUAUUAUCAAAGAUAUCAAGAAGCUCUUGGCUCGGAUCGAAGAUGCAGUGCCACUGAUGAACCUGGCCAUCACUACCUCUGGGGCCAAAUUAUCCACUAACUUGCCCGCAACGGUGUCGCCAUCCCGGCUCCUCCAAGCAAGCACGUUUCUCACAGCGGGGGAUACACAAUAUUCAAUGUCCCCAUCUCAAGCAGUCCAAGUAGGACCGACUUUUACCUUAUCAAUGUAUAUGCUGUUUGCCAGCCACUUGAGACCCCAUGAUGAAGAAUCUGUUCGCGAAGCCACGUGGAAGGAAGUCAUGCACAAGGCACGUUUGAAGCUGCGCCGGGUUCCAAUAGCCUCAUUGCAGUCUCCAGACGAACUCCCACGAACGAAACUUCCGGGACCAGCUGGGUCUGAUGAAUACGCUUAUCAAGUCCUGAUCAUCGAAGACCUAGAUGAUGGCCGAGUCCACACAAUCGACGAGAAUGAUCCGCAGCCCCAAAGCUAUGAAGGCGUUUCCACAGCAGGAAUCCGGGAGAUUCUUCCUAUUCAUCAAAUUUCCAAAAUCUUCUACGCAGAUACCGGGAGGAUCCUUAACAUCAGCACAGAGGGCGAAACAAAUAACCCGGUGCUGCUGUUGAAACGGGACUUGAAUGCUCUCCCGCCGCGGCGAAUGAUGGAACGUGACGAGGUGGAGGAGGACUUUCCUCAACCAGAAUCCGAGGAGGAACCAGAGGACGAGGAGCAAGCUCAACUCGAUGCACAACUGAACGGAGGCGAAAACACAGAUACUAGCAUCUUCAAUUACCUGCAUGAAGACUCCAUACCCGAAGAAUGGCGUCUGCCUCCCGGACUAGACCCAGAAUGGAUCGCAUUCGAAGUCUACAACGAAGAUGAAACUUCCGAUACCGAGUCCGAAGCCGAAAAUCCCGAAUCAUCCACAGAUGAACCCUCAAUCGACCCAAAUAUGAUGGCCAAGCUGUCUCUUAAUGAGAAGGGGCAUUCAUCACACUCCCCGUCACCCCUCAACCAGUCAUUCUCAUCCGCCGCUCCCACAACAACAGUCUCCAACCCUCACUUCGAGAACAUCCGCACCUCCCUCUCCCUCCUCGAAACCCUCCUCCGCCUAACAUCCCUCCAGCAAUUCCAGCAACAAUCCCACCUCUCUAUCAGCGACGAGCUCCUCAACUUCUUCCUGGAAGAAUCCUCCACCACCGGCGCCGGCGGGGACGAACAGCACCGCCAGCGGCUCCGCUCCGAGGCCCGUCGUCGCGUUGGCUGGGACCCAUACAAUGAAAGCCCCGUCAAACACCGCGGCGAGGAUUACCAGUACGGCUGGGAGCCCGGUAGUGGUCCUCACCAAUAUGGCGGCGAUCCUUACUCGCCUAAUGGCCGGUCGCAGGGCUUCCAUCUUCGUUCCAGGGAAAGCACACCAGAGACCCCGGUGCGCAAAGGCUCGUCAAAUGUCCGUCCAGGUGGUCAGCGUGGUAUGAGGCCUGCGUAUGCUGAGUCACCCCUCUCGAAAAAGAUGGGCAGGUCUCUGCCUGAUGGAGAUCUAGGGUCUGGCACUACAGAUUGA